AUGACUGUCGUCCUCGUUUUCGUCAUCGCCAUAUCGUUCGUCCUGAACGAGAAAAUCGAGGGGUCAACCGUCGCAACAGUUAUUGCGGUAAAUACUGUCAUCGGGUUGAUUCAGGAGUACCGGGCCGAAAAGGCCAUUCAAUCCCUCAGUGCUCUGACCACCCCGAAGUGCAAGGUCAUCCGUGAUGGCCGUGGACACUCUGUCAAAGCUACAACUCUGGUCAAAGGAGACCUGGUUUCCCUUGUCGCUGGCGAUAUAGUUCCAGCAGAUCUGCGUCUCGUCCAAGCCAUCAAUCUCUCUACGGAUGAGGCCCAUCUGACGGGUGAAGCUGGUGCCAUCGCCAAGAAGCACGACGCCAUCUUUGAUGAUGCUGAUAUACCCGUCGGCGACCGUGUCAACCUAGUUUUCUCUGGUAGCACUGUCAUAUCUGGUCGUGCCACUGGCAUUGUUGUUUCUACUGGCAUGGAAACCCAAGUCGGACAGAUCGCGGAACUUUUGAGCCAAAAGAAACGGCCCCCUCCUGGUAUGAACCGCAUGCGAACGAUGAUGCACUGCGUCCUCGGUUUCAUUCGAACCAUUCUCGGCCUCACGGGAACCCCAUUGCUAGUUUCUCUCAACAAGCUUGCGCUAGUUCUCUUCGGCUUAGCCAUCGUCCUUGUGCUCGUCGUGUUUUCGAUCUGCAAAUGGGAAAUCAACGAUGACGUCUUGCUCUACGGCAUUUAUGUCGGCGUUGCCAUCAUUCCCGAAUCACUGAGUGCAGUUCUUACCAUUUGUUUGGCUGUUGCAGCCCGAGCCAUGGCCAAAGGCAAUGUUGUUGUCCGCCAUCUGGCUGCUCUCGAAGCUGUCGGUGCGACCACUCACGUCUGCUCCGACAAGACUGGAACAAUCACUCAAGGUCGCAUGGUCACUCGCAAGGUUUGGUUACGUGAUGGCCUCACGGGAGUUACACAGGACAUAUCAGACCCCUACGAUCCCAAUAGCGGCAGUCUUACCUGGUCUGGCUCUCUUGCCCCUGGUCUUUUCAGCGCUUUCCUCAAAACGAUCAAUCUAUGCAAUAAUGCCACGGUCACGCACGGCAACAAAAGCAGUGAUUGGUGCGCCAUGGGCGAGCCCACAGAGAUCGCUUUAAAGGUAUUCGCAAUGCGUCACGUUCAGGACAAAAGCAAAGACGGCAAUCUCAUUGCGGAGCAUCCUUUUGAUUCUACAUGCAAGCUUAUGACUGUGGUCUACGGCACUGAGGUCGACCCGUGUCACUAUGUUCAUACCAAAGGAGCUGUGGAAGUCCUGCUUCCAAUCCUGGACGAGACGGAACAAUUCAAGGCCGAGAUCACUGCCAAAGCAGAGUUACUUGCUGCCGAAGGUCUUCGUGUGCUUUGCAUCGCGGAUAAGGUGGUAGAAAACUCACCUAAGGACGCCCAGGAUCGUCAAAAAUGUGAAUCUCGCCUGCGUUUCCUCGGCCUGGUUGGGAUGUACGACCCUCCCCGCCUAGAAGCCGCCGGUGCUGUGACGCAGCUCCAUCAAGCCGGCCUUUCAGUACACAUGCUUACCGGGGAUCACAUUCAAACGGCAACUGCCAUUGCCAAAGAGGUCGGCAUAUUGUCUCACGAAAGCCCUCUGCCCCCGAGCGCUGUCAUGGCAGCCUCCGAUUUCGCCAAACUCAGUGAUGAUGAGGUUGAUGCGUUGGACAACAUCCCCUUUGUGAUCGCACGGUGUACACCGGAGACAAAAGUCAAAGUUAUUGAGGCGAUACAUCGACGGAAUGGCUUCUGUAUUAUGACGGGUGACGGAGCUAACGACGCUCCCGCCUUGAAAAAGGCGGAUGUCGGAAUUGCUAUGGGUGAGCGGGGCAGCGAUGUUGCCAAGGAGGCAGCAGACAUGAUCCUGACAGACGACAAUUUUUCAUCAAUUGUCACGGCCAUUCGAGAAGGCCGUCGACUGACGGACAAUAUCCAAAAGUUCUUGUUACACCUACAAGUCGCGAAUAUCGGUCAAAUUAUCCUGUUAUUAGUCGGUCUCACGUUCCUAGAUUUCGAAGGCGACCUAGUCUUCGCCUUAUCGGGGCUAGCAGUUCUGUGGGUAAAUCUAGUUACCUCGUCGCCCCUCGCAAUUGGUCUUGGGCUCGAAGAGGCUCAAGAUAAUAUCUUGCGCCGGCCUCCUCGGAGUCGACGUAUGGGUAUAUUCAGUGUGGAGCUGAUUUGUGAUCAAUUUGUGUACGGCAUCUCCAUGGGUGCCCUUUCCCUCGCUGCAUUCAUGAUUGUCGCCUACGGCGAUAUUGGUUACCACCUCUUAGAAAAAAACUGCGCUAAAUCCCCUGCCUCGGGAUGCGGCCGCGUUUUACGCGCGCGGGGCGCAACAUUCGCAACAUUGAGCUUCCUGUUUAUGGUCAUGGCGUGGGAGGUGAAGCACUCGCUUCGCAGUCUCUUCACUCAAACAGAGAGGGGGUCUCUUACCGUAUUCUACACGGUAUACCGCAACCGCUUCCUGUUCUGGUCGGUCAUCGCCGGGAUCGUCGCCACUAUUCUUGUCAUCCACAUCCCUCAUGUCAACAAUCGUGUGUUCGAGCACAGGAGCCUCGGCUAG